AUCAUGAACGAUGGUAUCAUCCGUGAAUAUAUCUUUUGGUCUGACAAUGGCCAAGUAAUAUGCGUUCCCAACGCCACUCUAUUCUCAAGAGUCGUGUUGCCGCGGUAUUUCAAACAUAACAAUUGGCAAAGUUUCGUUCGUCAACUCAAUUGUAAGUCU